AUGAGACAGCUAGAACAGGCGAAAAAAAUGUUUCCAAAAUGCACGCUAAAGGUCGGAGUAACCGAUGAUGAAGAAACCCUUCAAUUGAAGGGACAAAUUGUUAAUACAAUGGCGGAACGAGCCGAGUUCUUGAGGCAUGUUCGUUGGGUUGACGAGGUUAUAGCUCCGUGUCCUUGGAUUGUGACCAAACAAUUCAUGACAUCUCAUGGCAUUGACUUCGUGGCGCACGACGAUAUACCCUACUCGACAUGCCAAAAGGCAACGAAGGGCAUACAAGAAGCGAGCGAACAUGAUAUAUAUGGGUGGCUCAAGGAAGAGGGGAGAUUCAAGGCCACACAACGGACGGCCGGUGUAUGCACCACGGAUCUCGUAGUCAGAAUACUGCAAAACUAUGAAGAUUACGUGGAAAGGUCCAUCAACACCGGGGUCAAUCCGUCUGAUCUAAAUAUAGGAGCGACCAUGGCCAAUUCGAUAAGAGUGAAAAAAAAACUAAAUAAAUGGGUUAGACAACUGACUGAUCAAAUCACUUCGACGGAUAUUUCACUUGGUCAUAAACUGGAGGAAAAACUUGAGGAGAUACGAGCGGGCAUAACAACAUCGUUGGAACAAUGGGUAGAGCGCUACAUAACUGCGCUGCGUGAGUUCGUAGGAGAAGAAAGUGGCGUUGACAACGAAGCAAGUUCUGAUUCGGUCAGCAUAGAGGAAGAAUUCGUGGAUGUUUACAGUGGCAAAGAUAUAAACCCAAAUGGCGAUGAAUUUGCCGAUUCUACACCAACCAAAACUAAUGUGAACAAUCCUGGUGAUGAGUUUGUGGACGCAAAUGGAAACAAAGAUGGUUUUGAAAAAAUUGGGACGACAUCCAUAACGGAUUACUAUGAUGAUGAUAAUGAUAAUGACACAAGAGAAGACAUUGUGGUAUAUACAGCUGGGGUUUUCGACUUGCUCCACUACGGACACGGCAGACACUUUGAACAAAUAAAAAAAUGCUUUAACAAGGUUCACCUCAUCGUAGGGGUAGUAUCCGACGAUGUCGCUGUGAAUUUGAAGGGGAGAGUCAUGCAGCCGUGCAAGGAUCGAGCCGCCGCCCUGCAACACAUCAGAUGGGUAGAUGAGAUUUUGGAAGCUCCACCCACACCCAUCACCCAACAAUUUCUACGUAAAUACCACAUAGAUUAUGUUGUAUCAUCCCCAAAUGUAGAAUACGACGCAGAAGCCUUGCGUUGGCUGAAGGAGAAUGGGAGAAUCGUGCAUACCCACAGGACACCCGGUAUUAGCACCUCAAACAUCAUGCUGCGGAUUCUACGGAACUACGAAACAUAUAUCAAGAGGUCCCUAGAGAGAGGCGUCGGAAGAGAGGACCUUAAGAUAGGCUUCACUACCGCCAACUCAAUCAAACUCAAGAGCUCUAUCGAAAAUUGGAAAAAGAAGUUCACCCAGGAAGUUCACAAGGCUACACUCACGGACCACCCAGUGGUAGGUUGCGCCCUUUAA